AUGGCUUCUGUCCGAAUCUGCGUUUGCGGUGACGAGGGCACCGGAAAGUCCAGCCUCAUCGCCUCGCUGGUCAAGGACGUCUUCAUCUCCAACAAGAUCCAGGCCGUCCUCCCCUCCAUCACCAUCCCUCCCCAGCUCGGGACCCCCGAAAACGUUACCACCACCAUCGUCGAUACCUCCGCCCUGCCUCAGAACCGCACCACGUUGAGGAAAGAAAUCCGCAAAUGCAACGUCAUCCUCCUCGUCUAUGCCGAUCACUACAGUUACGAACGUGUGGCUCUCUUCUGGAUGCCCUACUUCCGAUCCCUCGGCGUCAACGUCCCGGUCGUCCUCUGUGCGAAUAAGUCCGACUUGACUGGCGAUGGAAAUACACCUCAGGUGGUCGAGGGCGAGAUGCUACCCGUCAUGGCCGAGUUUCGCGAGAUCGACUCGUGCAUCAGGUCGAGCGCGAGGGAGCACCGGAACGUCAACGAAGUUUUCUUCCUGUGUCAGAAGGCCGUCACCCACCCCAUCGCCCCGCUAUUCGACUACAAAGAGGGGAACCUCAAGCCCAACUGCGUUGAUGCAUUGAAGCGUAUUUUCUACCUUUGUGACAAGGACCAGGAUGGCUUCCUCAAUGACCAGGAGAUGCACGAGUUCCAGGCCAGGUGCUUCGAUAAGCCGUUGACCGCCGAGGAUCUCGAUAACAUCAAGCUUUCCAUCACGAAGACACUGUCGCCUUGGUCGGCAGAGAAGGGCAUAGACCAGAGAGGAUUCUUGCAGCUGAACAAGAUUUACGCCGAGAAGGGCCGCCACGAGACGAUAUGGAUCAUCUUGCGCAAGUUCCGCUAUACCGACAGCUUGAGCCUAGAGGACAGCUUCUUGCGCCCCAAGUUUGAUGUGCCAGAGUACUCUUCGGCAGAGCUGAGCCCUGCCGGCUACCGCUUCUUCGUCGACCUUUUCUUGCUGUUCGAUAAGGACAACGACGGCGGUCUGAACGACAAGGAGCUGGAAGCCCUCUUCGCACCUACACCCGGACUUCCUGUUUCCUGGGUUGAGACGUCGUUCCCAUCUUCAACUGUACGUAACGAGGCAGGGCACGUCACUCUGCAAGGGUGGCUCGCACAGUGGAGCAUGACGACGUUCAUGGAGCCCAAGACGACGCUUGAGUAUCUUGCGUAUCUGGGCUUUGAGCCUGCAAACCCACGCGAGACAACUACCGCUGCUCUCAAAGUCACCAAGUCACGCAAGCGCAGAAGGCGCCCGGGCAAGGUCGAGCGCAACGUGGUGCUUUGCUACGUCCUCGGUGCCUCUGGGGCUGGCAAGUCGUCGCUGUUGGAUGCGUUUCUGAGCCGCCCUUUUGACAACCUGUAUCGGCCCACGAUUAAGCCACGACGGGCUGUUAACAGCGUCGAGCUUCCGGGCGGAAAGCAGUGCUACAUGAUUCUCGAAGAGCUUGGCGAGCUGGAGCCUGCCAUCCUAGAAAACCAGGCCAAGCUUGACGCCUGCGACCUGAUUUGCUACGCAUACGACUCGUCGGACCCCGACUCAUUCUCCCACAUUGUCGAGCUGCGCAAACGCUACCCGCAGCUUGACGAACUCCCCAACAUCUACACCGCCUUGAAGGCGGACAAGGACAAGACGAUGCAGCGCAGCGAGAUGCAGCCGGACAUGUACACGUCGAACCUCAUGAUGAGCACUCCGCUUCACGUCACCGUCAAGUGGAACAACAUCAGCGAGCUCUUCAUCGCCUUGGCCGACGCGGCAACCAACCCGAGCACCGCUUUUCCGAGGAGCGAGGAGCCGCCUCCUGAUAGGACCAGUCUGUAUCUCGCGCUGGGCGCUACGGCGUGUGCUGGCAUUGCCGCGUUCAUGAUUUGGCGGCGAUCAACAACAUCAGCUUAG